AUGGGAUUCACCAAGAAAAGUCUCGACCAAAUCGAUGUCAAAGGCAAAAAGGUGUUAAUGAGAGUUGACUUCAAUGUUCCACAAGACAAGCAAGGAAAAAUCACAAACACCAAGAGAAUUGAUUCGACCAUUCCAUCAAUCAACUACUGCCUUGAGCACGGCGCUCAUAGCAUUGUCUUGAUGUCUCAUCUUGGAAGACCAGACGGACAAGUUGUCCCAGCUUUAACCCUCAAGCCAGUUGCUGAGAAACUCGAAGAGAUCAUGAAGAGAAAAAUCACAUUCUUGAACGACUGUGUUGGAGAAGAAGUGAUCAAUGCAUGCAAAAACGCCCCAGAAGGAGCAAUCAUCCUUCUUGAGAAUCUUAGAUUCCACCCAGAAGAAGAAGGAGCUGCCAUCAUUGACGGAAAGAAAGUCAAGGCAUCUGCUGAGAACGUCAAGAAGUUCAGAGAGGAUUUGACUCAACUUGGAGAAAUCUAUGUCAACGAUGCCUUCGGAACAGUCCACAGAGCUCACUCAUCAAUGGUCGGUGUUGACUUGCCAAUCAAGGUCUCUGGAUUCCUUGUCAAGAAGGAGUUGGGAUAUUUUGCUCAAGCGUUCGAUCACAUUAACAGACCAUACAG